AUGGGUCUGGCAACAGCAAAACUACUGGCCUCCCGAGGGGCUUUCAUCUCUCUUGCAGACAUAAACGAAGCCGCCGUCGAAGCAGCAUGUGAGUCGCUACCAACCAGCAACAGGCACAUGUGCAGGGUCAUCGAUGUCCGCAGCAGCCCGUCAGUUGAUGCCUGGAUCGAAGCGACAUUGCAGAGGUUCGGUAAGCUCGAUGGAGCUGUCAACAUGGCCGGCAUCAUCACCCCGGCGAAACCUGUUGCCGAAGAGACCGACGAAACGUGGGAUUUCAACUUUGCCGUCAAUGCUCGGGGUGUCUUCUGCUGUAUAAGGGCUCAGAUUCGGGCCAUGACAGCUGGAGGGAGCAUUGUGUCUGCUGCCAGCACCUUUGGCCAGAUGGGAUCCCCGGGUGUUUCCCCUUAUUGCGCCAGUAAAGCGGCCGUCAUUGGUCUUUCCAGAACGGCCGCAAAGGAAAACCCACACAUACGGAUCAACUGUGUGGCUCCAGGCUCUGUCAAUACUCCAAUGUCUGCUGGCGAAUAUCCUGAGGAUGUCAAGCGCGGUCUCCAGCAAACGGCACAAAAGCGAAGAGCGGAGCCAAUCGAAAUAGCCAAUGUUAUUGCUUUUCUGUUGAGUGACGAGGCGUCCUUCGUGACGGGAGCUGUAUAUAACGUGGAUGGUGACUGGAUGUGCUAG